CUCCCCCUCACUCUCCUCUCACUCUCAACUCUGCUCUUCCUCCCAACUCCUGUUCUCAAUUCGAGCUUCCGGUACAGCUCUCAGAACCUCUCAAUAAUGGUGGGGACGAAAAGGCAGUUCCUCCCACUUCUCUUUCUCUCCCUCUCCGCCUUCUUCUUCCUCUUCUUAUGCCACUCCUACUUCUCCUCCCCUAGCCCUAACCCUUACCCCAAUUUCAUCCAUUCCCUUCAAACUCAUGAUAUUAGCACUAAUCGUGGCAUUAUCAAUUCCCAGAAUUUCACUUUUAUAAUCAAGGUCCUAGCCUUCAACCGCCUGGACUCGCUCUCCCGCUGCCUCCGCUCCCUUGCCGCUGCCGACUACCUCUCCGACCGCGUCCAUCUCCAUAUCUACAUUGAUCAUUUUGCCCCCUUAAACAAUGACACCCUCGGAUUGGAAGGUUCGCAUCGCAUUCUGAGCUUCGUGGAUGCGUUCGAGUGGUUGUUUGGAGAAAAGAUCGUGCAUUAUCGGACCAGGAAUGCGGGGUUGCAGGCGCAGUGGUUGGAGGCGUGGUGGCCGAGCUCUGACGACGAGUUCGCUUUCGUGGUCGAAGACGAUUUGGAGGUCUCGCCGCUCUAUUACAAAUUUCUGAGGAGAUUGAUCAUGAAUUUCUAUUAUAACGCUUCGAACUUUAGCCCCUCCAUCUACGGGGUUUCACUGCAGAGACCAAGGUUCGUCCCAGGUAAACAUGGAAACAAAAUACAAUUGGAUAGCAGAACACGACUUUUCUUGUACCAGAUAGUUGGCACUUGGGGUCAACUUCUCUUUCCAAAACCUUGGAAAGAAUUCAGGUUGUGGUAUGAUAAACAUAAGGUCAAAGGAAUCAAGCCAUUUCUUGAUGGGAUGGUGACAACGGGAUGGUACAAGAAGAUGGGAGAGAGAAUAUGGACUCCUUGGUUCAUUAAAUUUAUUCAUUCCCGUGGUUAUUUUAACAUCUACACCAAUUUUUUAAGCGAAGGAGCGCUCAGUGUCUCUCACAGGGAUGCUGGUGUUAACUAUGGAAAGACAGCUGGGCCUGAUUCUCAAUUAUUGGAUGGAAACUCCCUUGAUUUCAGUCUUUUGGAAGUGCCAACCUUGCGUAAUCUUAAAUGGUUUGAUUUCUGUUUCAGAGAAGUACGUCCUGGAAGAAUUGUAGGGAGCAUUGAUGAACUUGGCCCUGUUCUUCAAGCUGCACAGAAACAGCAGACCCUUAUUUUUAUAAGCCUCUUUGGAGUAUCGGCAUUGGUCACCAGGAACUUGAUAUGUCACUUUGAGAGGCUAAACAUUUGGAACUACAUACUUGUGGGCCCUGAAUCUGACUUACUGCUUGAUCUCGCAAGAAGGGGGCAUCCGGUGAUUAAUGGUGACAAAUUUUUUAGUAAUGUUAGAGAGCACAAAUCAAUGCUUUCUCAAUAUUCCAAGGCAGAGCCGAUCAAGCAGAUUUUAGUCAGGGCCUAUGUAAUCAAGAAGUGUUUGGAGUAUAGGUAUAAUUCUUGGAUGGUGGAUGGGAACAUGCUUUUCUUCAGUAGUGGAUUGUUUCUUGAUUCCAUUGAUCCAACCUAUGAUUUCUAUGUUGGGAAGAGCUUAGAACUUUUAUAUGUCAAAGGCUCAUAUUCUGCCGAGAAAUUCUGGGUUGGCAAUUUAUUAUCCAAGGUGGAAGCAAUGAUGAACUCAAGGAAAGUCGCAUUGUCCAGGGAUGGAGUUAGUUUUGUGUACAUAGCAGCUAAAUUAUUGGAACAAAAGGGUGAGAAGAUUAUGGGGCUCGAUGAGACAAGCUUUGGCAUAAAGAUUGGCACCGAAAAUGUGAAUAAAUCUUCUAUAAGGGAUGGGAAGAAGAUGGUUUUUUGGUCUUCUGAGAUAGGUCUAAAUAUAAUUCAGAUGCGGCUUCAGGAGUUGGGUAUGUGGAUUCUGGACAGUGACUCAUCGUGCAGGGCUGUUGCUUGCCACAGAUUAUAGCAUCUCUAAUGGAUCCAAACACUAAAACAUUUUCUGUAAUCAAUCUGUACAAAAUAUUGCUCAAAUUUUUUUACACCCUACUACUUGAUAGGUUUGUCAAAUUUUCAUUGCACCAAUGCUCUAGAAUUGAUUUGCUCAGCCUGCAAUAAGUGUUUUGUGAUCGGAACACGCUUUCAGAUUGACUUCCAAUGCUGACCUUUCAACUUUCACUGGCCGGAUUACCUAUGUGAUGAGAUAAAUUAACACCAUGCUCUCCACGACUAAGAAUAAAGUCAUUUUUAAAAAUUUUCGUGAGCUAAAGUGUUGUUACUAUUGAACUUGACUUAAAAAUAUGAGAAAAUCUGCUCAGCCCCCGGUCUCCUACCGCACUCCACACACCUCCAACAUGGCAAACCGGGUCUAAUUCCACGUCACGGUUCUUUCCUCCCCUCCCUCACUUGACGAGACUUUCUCCCCCUCCUCAGUUCCCUUUCUCCCUCCCGAAAGCCAAUAUGUUUCUCCCCCUCCCUCACAUCCCUUUCUCCCUCCCGAAAGCCAGAUAUGUUUCUUCCCCUCCCUCACAUCCCUUUCUUCCCCUCCCGAAAGCACUCACCUGAUUCACCUUCUUCCAACAUCCUCACCCCAAUGAAAACCCUCCCAUGUCUUAGCCCCUUGCAAACUGUCACCCCCAUUUCUUUCCCUUCUGAAAGCCCAGCGAACACCACCUCACGCCGAGAUCCCCCAGCCCUGGUAUUCUCUCAACCUUGUAAGGCUAGAAGAAAAAUUUCUCAUCCUCACCCAAAUAGUCUUUCACCCAUGAAACCCUAGAAAAAAUUCGAAUCCUCACCCCAGCCCAAGGAGAAACCCCUUCAGAGCUUCGAGCCCCUCCUUCACCCUCUCCAAUGACCAAUGCCUCCCUCUGUCGUCGUCUCCUCCGUGGCAUUGCUUCGUUUCUGUUCAGCUCGCUUGCAGGAGUUGCAUAUAUGUCUUCUCUGAUUGAGAGGGCAAAAAAGUGCUUAGACUUUUCAGCCAGUGUUUACAUCACACAUCUCUUCAUAUGCAUUGUCUAUGGAGGUUGGCCUUCCUCAAUAACCUGGUGGAUUCUAAUGGUACUGGAAUUGCAGUGAUGGCUUUGCUAGGUGAAUAUAUGUGCAUUAGACGGGAACUGCGAGAGAUUCCCAAUACACACGAUACCAUUCAAAAAUAAUGUUGGAUAUGCAAAAAUGGGUUUGGACAACACUUUGGACACUUGCAGGACUGAAGAUUUAUGGAAAUAGUUGCAGCCAAAUAAUGGCUUUAGCUGCUGGUUUUGUCUUUGUUGUUGUAUUUGUUUAAACUCAAGUUAGAGAGAUACAAUACAUUCUUGUUGUUUUAUUUUGAAAACUGAACUGGUGUAUUUCCUUCCAUAGUUGUAUGUUGAGUUGUAAGUGUUAAUUAAUACUUGUGAAGUAGGAAGUAUGUAUUUAUAUGCAAUGGAAUGAGG